ACUUGCGUGUUGCAAAAUCCAUACCGAUUUUACUGUUUCGGGAAAAAGCCACAAAUCGAAUCACUUUUAAACGGUUGUUUUAACAUACCAGUUCACAAGAGUUCUACCAGAAUUCCAGAACUAGAAGUAACUAUCAAGUGCGAUUUCUUGUCUACAGAUUAGCUACAUCAAGAUAUCGGUUAAGUGAUUUAGAAGAUAUCAUUUUAAAACGAAAAAUAAUUUUUUGCAGAUAAAAAUGAGACGAUUUUGUGUUUUAAUAUUACUUGUUGUUGUAAAUGUCUUAGCAGAUAAAAAAAUUGAAUAUAAAAAGGAGCUUUUCUACACAAAUAGACAAAUGAAGCAGAUAAAAAAUCGUGAUGGUCCUUUGUUACCGGUAAUUAGAAAAAUUGUUGGUGGAACUACACCGAUGGUGAAACUGUCGUGUAUGUUUGUUGCACCAGCAAAGGUAAUGGAAAUCGAUAAAGAAAAUGAAAAAUACGAAGAAAUACUGCAGCAAUGCAUAGAUUCCCAGAAAGAGUUGCGAAAAGAAAUAACCACCUUGUUAGGUGUCUCUAGUUCUGAAAAAGGUGUAGUACGAUCUUUGAUGAGAAAUUUGAGUUCCAAAAGUGAUUCGACGGAUUCCCAGAAAGAGUUGCAAAAAGAAACAACCACCUCAAUACGUGUCUCUAGUUCUGAAAAAGGUCUAGUACGAUCUUUCAUGAGAAAUUUGAGUUCCAAAAGUGAUUCGACGGAUUCCCAGAAAGAGUUGCAAAAAGAAACAACCGACUCGAUACGUGUCUCUAGUUCUGAAAAAGGUCUAGUACGAUCUUUCAUGAAAAAUUUGAGUUUCAAAAGUGAUUCGACGGAUACAUUUGAAUCGACUGGCUUUUUAGAACUUGAACAAGAGAGAAUAAGCCUAACUAGUGAAGCUAUAAAUAUAUAUCUCAAUCUUGUAAUAAAUCCAGACUGUCAAGAUUAUAAAAAUUCUAAACUGAUGUGCCGUUUGAAGGGUGUGUACAGAAGUAUAUUACACCCAAAUGAGUUUAUAGUAGAAGCUGAAGUUGUUGAUGAUAAGUGUCAUCUAACUGGUAUAGACAAAAGCAAAAACGUAGUCAGUGUCUUUGGGGUUGACGUAUCAGAAACACAUCAUUAAUAUAGUAAAAAGAUUUCACUUGCUUUUCAGUUAUUAUAAUUUAGAUCACUAACCUUAUAGUUAACUUAUUCAAAAUUAUAAAGAACUAUUGUUAUUAUAUUUAAAUUAUUAUUGCAAACCUCACUUGUAUCCAAAUUAUCAAAUUUUAUGUAUGUUAUAAUAAACUGUUUUACUCAUGAUUAUAAA